AUGUCCAACCCCCCACCAGCAAACACCGGCCAGGCGCCGGGAGGUGCCACAUAUGGCGGUGGCCAACAACAUCAACAACAACCUCAGUCUACUACUGGUGGUGCGCCAACGACGGGAGGCACAGGAGGAACAGGAGCCGCAGGGACGACCUCGACGAGCAGUACGGCGCCCACACCUCAGAAUUUGAAUCAGAUAGUUACGGACUACCUUAAGAAGAAAGGGUUCACCAAGACCGAAGCCGUUUUCCGUCAAGAAACAGCCCAUCUCGGGCCUGACGGCAGGCCCGCGCAGCGCAACGAGGAGAACGGACCGCGAAAGUAUUUAAAGGCGUUCAUCUUGCUCCGAGAUUGGAUCGAGAAUAACUUGGACAUCUACAAGUUCGAGCUAAGGAAGCUCUUGUGGCCUGUCUUCGUUUACUCCUACAUCGAGCUCGUUUCCACGGGGUAUGUGGAAGAAGCAAAGCACUACCUGGCAACACUACGACCUCACUUUGACGCUGUCCAUCGUGAGGCGUUAGACCUAUUUACGACAGUCACCCUUCCACAACAUAUUCGCGAAAACCAAACAAUCAAACUCUACCGGGAGAACAAGUAUCGCAUCCCGCUCAACCAGUCACUUUCUGGCAACCUCUUCCACUUUCUCGAGCGCGAGGCGGAUGCUGGCGGCUCAACAAUCACAUUUAUCCUCCAAACCUUCUGCCAAGUAGACGUCAGCGCAAGAGGGCCCAUCGAGCCAUUCAGCUUUGAGGCUAUCUACCGACGAACUCAUAAUCUAGAUCUUGAUGAGAUUGACCAGCUCGAAGGCAUUCCUGGUGUUUUCACCGGUGUUACAAACAGAGACGUUCUCGACUCAUCAGCACCGCUGAAGCUCGGCCCUCUUCCAAUGGAACCUGAAUUGCGAGAAGACGUACGGGCAGAACUUGAGGACGAGGACCAGCGACAUCCACCAGUAGAGGGCAGGUCCACACUCGUGGAGGAGUUCGAUCAGCGGAUCAAGCGAGAAGAAAGUGCCGACGCUCCCUCGAGAACAGACCUCCCUCUUCCACCAUCUCGAGCUAGGGACGUCGUAAUGGAGAUGCAAAAAGUUCGAGAAAAUCGGGACCGGUUCAAGAUCGAGGGUCGGACUGGCGGUGCGGGUGUUCCUGUCUCGGCCUGCAUGUUCACGUUCCAUAACAGCUUGGGGAGCGUGUCAUGUAUGGACUUUUCCAAUGACCACGAGCUCGUGGCUGUCGGAACUAUGGACUCUUAUAUCCGCGUCUGGUCUAUGAAUGGAAAGCCAUUAAAAUCAUCUGUAGCCAGCGAGAAGGAUCUACAAGUCAACAACCGGAAGCUGAUCGGCCACUCCGGUCCGGUCUACGGUGUGUCUUUCUCGGAUUCCAUUGCCAACCUGGACCGUAAUGUCUUCCCAGAAGCCGACGGGGCCAAGCCUGAUACGAGCACCAAGCUACUUGUAUCAUGCUCGGCGGACGGUCAAGUCCGCCUUUGGUCCCUCGACCACUGGGCAUGUCUAUGCAUCUACAAGGCCCACGAUGGCCCCGUCUUCCGCGUCCUUUGGGGUCCUCACGGUCAUUACUUCGCGACUGGCGGCUGGGACAAGACCGUCCGCGUGUUCGCGCAAGAUAGAGCCUCUGCACUGCGCAUUAUGGUCGGACAUGAUACGCCCAUCUCAGCAAUCGCGUGGCACCCGAACGGAACGUACAUCUUCUCGGCAUCGGACGACACCGACAAGUCCAUCCGCAUGUGGUCGGUGGUGACAGGCAAUUGCGUCCGCAUCUUCACGGGCCACACGGACUACAUCAGCGCGUUGCAAUGCGCGCCGAACGGAAAGAUCCUCGCCAGCGCCGAUACGGGUGGAAACAUUUUCUUCUGGGAUAUUGCCAAGGGCGCGCGUAUUAAGCGGUGCCGCGGCCACGGCAAGGGUGGUAUUCCGUCACUAAGCUUCAGUGCCGAGUCGAGCGUGCUCGUGUCAGGAGGCUUGGAUGGCACCGUGCGGCUGUGGGAUGUGGAGUUGCCGGCCGAUCCCAGCAAGAGCAGCCAGCUUGCUAUCACGAGUAGCGGUGCGGCGGUUGGAGGAGGCGCAUCUGGUCAACAGGCGGAUGGUGCUGCGACUGGCGACAGCAUCGCUGUGGCGUCUGGCGGAGGUCCCAACGGUAAUUCGAUCACCGUGGGUGGCACUGGUUCUGCGGCUACACCAGCAGCUGCCGCUAAUGCUACCGGCAACACUGGCACCGCCAGCGGCAGCGCUAAUGGCAGCAGCGGUGCGGUUACAGGGAAGAAGAAGGGCAAGGAGGUGCAGAUCACACCUGAUCAAAUCAGCGCGUUUGCGACCAAGAAAACUCCUGUUUUGAAGGUGCAAUUUACGAGAAUGAACCUUGUGGUUGCGGGCGGAUGCUAUGAUCCUGAGCGUUAGGAGGUUCAGGAUCAGCGGUCCUUGUAGGAACCCAGGGAGCCAUGGCAAUAUUGGCAGGAAAGGUCUUGUUUUCCAACGUGAAGUAGGUUG